CUAAUCGAUCGGGACGUGUGCCAAGAUUUAAUUUAUUUGGUGGCUCGGACUCAACUGGAUCAAAUAAUAAUGGCAAUAUGCUAGGGUUAGGCAAAUUAUUUAAUCCUAAAUCAACCACAGUCGAAAAUGAGUUCAAAGCACCUAGCACUAUCCAAGCAACCCAGUCACCUAAUAUAUCACCCACCACAAUCGCACCUGAUACACAAACUACGCAACCAGGUAUGCUGGAUCUGGUUGACCCGUUUGGUUUGACUAACAUAGUGGGGUCCGUAGUAGACAAAACAGUAUCCGGUUUGGAUCAAACCAUGAAGCAAGUAACCACCUUGGCAAAUAGUACUAUAACCGGGGAUCCAGAUAUAUUAAAUCUGGUUGACCCGUUAGGUUUAAUUAAUAUGGUGGGUUCAGUUGUUAAUAAUACUCUCACCGGGGUCAACCAAGCUAUAACAAAUGCAUUAGACAUUGUGCCAACAACAUUUAUCGACAAACUUAUUUAUCAAGCAAAACAUUCAUCGAUUAGUGGUAUACCUAUUAUUGGAGAUGUAGUUAUGUCUUUUCUGUAUGCUAUU